AUGGAUUUAUCAGCAUCCGAAAACGCGGAGAUUGAUGAAAGUUGCGAUAGUUCGAGUGACGUAACUAAACUCGAUUUUCCCGAUGGGAUCAAUUAUGAUUCCCAUCCUGAAAGCGGAUCCGAAUCCCAAAUCGAUUUUGGCGAACCGGAAGCAAGAAUGAGAAAUUCCGCAUCGAGCGGUCUUACCAUGAAAGAGUACGAAGAACAGUUGAAAAAACUCACGGCGGAAAAUUUCAAUUUAAAAUUAAGAGUUUAUUUCGUUGAAGAGAGGUUGAGUAAAGUUUCCGAAAUAAGCGAUAAAGAGGAUCUUAUACAGAAAAAUAUACAAUUAAAGGUUACCUGUGAAUCCCAGUUAAAAGAAUUGGAAAAAAAACAAGAGCUUUUAUUCGAAGCGUCAAAAGCUUUUGAAUUGUUACAAAAAGAACACGCGGAAGAAAUUGAAAAAUUGAUGAAAGAAAAAUGUAAAGAAAUUUCUGGAUUGGAAGAAAAAUGUUCGAAAUUAGAAACGACGCUCAAUGAACUCAAAAUCAAAUAUCCCGAAACGUGUUUGAACAGUGAAAAAGAACGUUAUUUAGAAUUAGAACACAUGUUAAAAGAUAAUCAAUUGGAACUCGAAUCGUACGAAUUGAAAUCGCAAAGAAUGGAAAGCGAAUUGGAACAAAGAAUGCAUAAAAUUGAAGAGCUCGUCGAUGAAUUGGAACAAAAAGAACACGAUUUGGCAUCUGCAAAUUAUAGGAUAAGAAAAUUGGAAGAUGACCUUAAAACGAGAUUAAGGGACGACGACAUAAAUAAAGAAAGAUUGGAAGAAAAGAAUAGAACCAUCGAGUCUUUGAAAAAUUCACUCGCAUCCCGCUACGAAACGAUAGAAACGUUGGAAAAUAAAAUAUCAAAAGAAAAAUCCGUCAAUCAAUCCAUGCAGUCUAAAUUUGACAGUUUAAAUUUUCAAAAUUCCAGGCUCAAAGAAGAAUUGGAAAUUCUUCAGUCGCGUUUGCGAAGAACGACGGAAGCGUUAUCCCCGCGGUCGAAAAUGCGUCAAUCGGACGACGAACAAUUGAAACAAAAAUACGAAGAACUUCAGAAAACGAUGGAAGAAAAAGAAAUGGAAUACGGUGAACGAAUGAAGAGUCUGGAGGAAAAAAUACAACAGAAUAAUUUGGAACUCGAAGAGUAUCAGGAAGUUUUGGAAAAACAAAAGAAAUUGGAAGACGAUCAUCGAAAAGCUUGCGUCGCGUUGAAAAAUUUCAUGAAAAGAUCGAGCGACGAAAAAAAAGAAAGAGAGGCUUUGAAUCAAAUGCUCAACAGUCGGGAGGAAAUGAUCGCCGAAUUAAAAGCGGAGCUUAAUCAAUAUCGUAAACAAACAAUGCCGCCAACUUUACAGGAUGAUAAGUUGUCACUUCCGGAUAAUGGUGAUAACGAUAAUAAAUCCAAUUGUAUUAUUUUAUACGAGUCGGAAAAUAAUAAUGAGUCAGAAAAUAAUAUUGUAGAAGAAAACGCCAUGAUCAAAUCGAAGGGAACGAAUGACGUUGAUCAUCGUUGCGUCGUAUGCGGAAUCGAUAAAAAAGUUGAAAAAGUUUUAGAAUUGGAAGCCGAAAUGGUCGUGUUAAAACAACAAAUGGAAGAAAAAAUAACGGUUGAUUCGGAAACAAAAGAAAAUAUAAAAAAAAAACUAGAAGAAAAAAAAUUACAAAUAGAUAUGUUGAACGGUGAAAUUAAAAAUAAAAAUUUACCAGGUUUCGUGAGAAAAGAAAUAAUUGAAAAUAAUUAUAAAAUUGAAGAGGUUGAAAAACGUUUGAUUGAAUUCAACGAAAUGAAAGAUGCUGUUGUCAUGCUUCAGCACGAAUUAAGACAAAAAGACGAUCAGUUGAAUAUUUUACAAAGCAAAUUACAAGAAAUGGGGCACGCUACUCCGGAUUCUCCCGGUCUUUUAGACUGUAAAUUAUUUUUAGGAGUUUCAAAAACUGAAAGUUUAAUUAGUGGAAUAAGUGAAGGUGUUAAAGAAAUAAGUAUUUGGAGCAUGAACAACGAAGAAGAAACUUAUGGUAAUUCUAACGAAAAUCAAAUAGGAGACUAUAAAGCCGGUCAUUCUAAUCGAGAUAAGAGUUCCAAAUUUAAAAAGAAUACAAAUAAUUCGGAAAAUGAGACGACGGCUAAAAUCUGUUACAUGCUUUCCCUAAGGUUGGAAGAACUGGCCACGUUUUUAGAUAGCCUUCUCAAAAACGGUGAAUUAUUGACCGAAGUCGGUUAUAAAAAAUUUUCCGACUUGAAAGAAGCCAUGGAGAAAAGUAGAGAUUUGUCAAAGCAUCUUUCUCAAUCUUUUGUCAAAACGAAAAAAAAAGAUGACGGAACAACAACAGGCGUGGAAAGCAGUUUUUGCGAUUUGUCGUCACUCUGCUGCGACUCCCUAACGCAAUUGGAUUGUUCGAGUAAUAUAAUGGCAAAAGACAAAGUCAUAUCGGAACAAACAAUAAUAAUUAAUCGUCUGAGAGAACAAUUAAAACUUUUGAAUCAGGAAAUAAGACAAAGAGACAUAGAAUUAUCACAUUGUCAGAGAAUCGAAGAAAAAGAAUUCGACAAUGAUAAUUUAGACGCGAGCGAUCAAGAUCAAAUAGAAAAACAAACUUUGAGCAUUUGCCAAGAUAUAAGCGAUGAUUUAAACGAUCAAUCGGAUCAGGACUCGGAAAAAAAAGACGAAUCCUUUGAAAAACCAAUUAAAAAAUUAUCCUUCCUCGCGAAUGAAAAUGAAAAUUUCUUUAGAGACAAUCGCGAAACGUCUGAAUCGGAAGCGUGGUCCGAACCUGAUAGAUCGGUUUCCUUGGCCAGAAUGGGAAGGCUCGAUGAUGCUGGAUUGUUGAGUCUUUCGCAGAAAAAUUCUAAAUGUGAUUAUUCGAGUGAUUCAUCAUCGGAAGAAACUUUAAAUGAAAAUUUACGAAGUUCAGGUAAAAGAUCUAAAAAUUCGGAAACUGAAAUUCGUCGAUUGCAGUCAAAAGUAAAAAGUUUAGAUGAAAUAAACAGUCAUUUGAGAUUACAAAUCAAUGUAUUGAAAAACGAUCAAAAAAAUUUGGAAUUUAUAUCGAAAAUACAAAAGCUUAAAAAAACUAUGGAUAGAUUAGAAGAAUGUAGUCUUACUUGUCGACAAAUGGAAGAACAAUUAUCUGCGGCUUUGGAAAGAGCUUCCGUAUCUGCAGUUCAACUUGCGAAAGCAACGGAAAAUAUAACAAUAUUAGAGGAACAAAUAAAUAUGUUAAAAGAAGAACUCGGUGCUAAAAAUGCCGAAUUAGAAGAGAAAAAAUCGGAAAUAAUAAAAUUGGAAAACAAAAUCGAAGAAAUAACGAUAGAAAGUGAAUUGAAAUUGAUCGAAGCCGGGAAACAAAGGGAAGCAGCCGAAAGGAAAACAUUCGAAGUCGAAUGUAAAUUAAAAGAUGUGGAAAACAUGAGCAAAGAUGUUGAAUCGAAAGUAAACGACCUUGAAAAAAGGUUAUGCGGAGCGGAUAAAAUGAAAAAGGAAACGACGAUUCAUUUCAAAGAAGCGGAAAUGCACGUGGACACGGCGGAAAAAAUGAUGGAGGAAGCAGAAAAAAUUAAAAAUGAAGCGGAAAGAAAAUCGAAAGAUUUUCAAAAUUUCAUAGAUCUUAUGAGAAAAGAAGUCGAAGAGAAAAUGAAAGAGGCGGAGAGGAGAAUAAAAAAAUCGGAAAGGGAAAAAGAAGAAAUCGAAAAGCAGGUUUUUAAAUUGAAGAAAAAACUCAUGGAAGCGGAAAAGAAUAAAGUCGAAGUCGAGGCGAAAGUCGAUGAAGGAAAACAAACGAUUCACUGCAUGGAGGAAAAAUUGAAGGAAUUGGAAGUCGCCAUGGAUCAAUGCAACGAAGAUGCUCAGAAAAAAAUAAAAGAAAUACAAAAGAAAGCAGAUUCGAAAAUAUUAGAAUUGGAAAUGAAAAUGGAAGAAAAAGAAUGGACGAGAAAAAUGGAAUUGGAAAAGAAAAUAAUCGAAGCGGAAAAAAUAGGAAGAGAAAUCGAAACGGGUUUUAGGAGGCAAUUGGAAGAUGCUGAGAAAAAAAUAACGAGAGCAAAAGAAUCCGCGGAUAAACAAGAGACUUUAUUAAAGCAAAAAAUAAUUGAAUUGGAAGGUGAAAAGAAAAAAGAAACAUCGGAAUUAUUAAGACAAAUUGACGAAAUUAAAUUGGAAGCAUCGGAAUUUGAAUUGGAAUUGACGAAAUUGACAAAUGAAAAAAUACAAUUAGAAGAAGAGCUUAAAAAGAUGAUGGAUAGAGAAACGAAUCUCGUGAAAGAUAAUAAAGAAAUAAAAGGAAAAUAUGAAAAUUCCAUUCACUUAUUAGAAAACAAGUUGACCCAAUUGAGUUUGAAUAAAUCACAAUUGGCAUCGAGAUUAGAAGAUAUCGAAUCGACAAAUAUCGAUUUGGUAACGAGAAUAUCGGCGAUUCGCGGAAAGGAAACGAUUACCAUGGAACACGAAUUCACGUCCAAAUCUCCAACGUUUUCCCCGACUCGUCAGGGAUCAUCUCUAUCGAAUUAUUUUCCAAAUUUUGAAUUUUUCGUGCCUUCGGAAUCGGAUGAAAACAAACCUUAUUUCAGACAAGGUUCGACGGCAAGCGAUCCCGGAAAUCAUUCGUUGGGAAUUUUGUCGUUUGAAUCGUUUGCGGCACCCCCUCGAAGAAACAUGAAUUCAUCUCCCGAUUUAGGAAUCGAAAGUGAUCCCGGUAGAUUUUCCAGUUUGGAAACAAAUCAAAUUCCCAUCGGUGAAAGGCCUGGAAAUUUCGCCGAAAAUUUCGAGCCUGUCGAAAUGAAAAAAUUGGAAAAUGAAAAUGCGGAAUUAAGGAGGAGGUUAUUGAGAACGAGGCAAGCAUUGGAAGAAACAUUAACUCAGUUGUCGGCUGCUAAUCAACGGAAAAAACAAGUUGAAAGAGCCAUUUGUAAACAAUUACACAAAACGCAUCACAUAUUGAAAAAGGCUCGAGUGAAUUUUGAAUCUCAAGAAGGAGAUUCAAUAGAAUAA